CUUUGAAAAUUGAAAGUGAGCAGAGCCUUCAACCCACACUUGACCACUCCCGUCACAAUUUACAGUCAUAGGUUGGACUUGCUCUCAUUUUACUCAUAACUCAGAGAAGCAGAGAAAAGGAAUGGCCUUCCAGCAUUCAACCACCCAGGUGGUAGUCACCACCACUGCAAUGAGUCAGCAGUCUGGGCAAUGGAGCACUGGCAUCUGUGACUGCUGCUCUGAUAUGAACUCCUGUUGCUUCGGAUAUUGGUGUUUCCCCUGCAUGCAGUGUGACACAGCCAGUAAACAUGGAUGGUGCUGCGCAAUGCCACUCCUGGACUUUUGCUGUGUGGUGUCCUGCUUACUUCGCAAUUCUGUCAGAGAGCGCUACAACAUCCCUGGCUCGUGCUGUGAUGACUGCUGCAAAAUAUUUUGGUGUUAUCACUGUGUCUGGUGCCAGAUGCAUCGUGAGCUGAAGAUCAGGGAAAACCAAUACCCUGCUGCCUCGACGGUGGUCACAACCCAGGUCAUCCGUGGAUAAGAUGCAACCAUUUUUGAUGUGGGUUGAGUGAAACUGACAAAGAUAAUUUAAAAAAAUGUAUAUGUUUUACAGCGAUGAAACACAUAUGAAAAUAUUACUUCUGUUUCUGCAGCAUGAAGUGAAAUCUGAAAAUGUAGCCUGGCAUGUGAUCUGCAUUCUUUUUUAUAGCAUUUCAUAGCUCAGUGCUGAUGCUCGUUUGGUUCACUGCUCUGCAAUAGAUAGUUGUUUCAUAUAAUCUAAGCAAGUUUUUAUAGCUUUAGAUUAUAUGUUUAAAUCAGAUGUUUUGAGUUUUGUCAGCAUACUGCAUAUAUCAUCAGGAAAGAUUUUACCCAGGUCGAUAAAAUCUGUAUCAUUUAACAUACUCACACUUAUAAUAACUUUGUCCAAGUUGAAUUUCACCUGUGCUAAAAUAAAAAGUAUUCACA